UAACAGGUGUUGAAUGUGGAUCCAAUUCCACACAAGAAUGUUUACACCUUGACACCCUUUCCAUUUGGACACGCUUCAAUUCAUUUCUCCAGUCACCAAAUAUGGAAGAUUCUUCAUGGCGAUACAAGAUUUACAAUGAGAUUUUAGAGGCCCAAGAACAGCAAGACAGUAUCGGUCAUUUGGAAGGGGAGAGUUGGUCCGGAGAGAGGGAAACGACGCUAAAACCAAAACCAUAUCACCCACAAAAACUUGGUGAAAAUAAUGGGAGUUCGUACUCGGAUUUUAAUGACGAUUCUGGUCCUUCUUCUGUAGCAGGUUUGCCUCAAAAUGAUGGGAGAGAUUACGUCGAUUAUGUUAGAGCUUCAGAUUUGAACAUUGAGAGUGCAAAUCGUGGAUAUAUGGGAGAAAAUUUACAUGGGAAUGACCCAUAUCUGUUGGAUUGCCAAGGUAACCACCGCGACGCGGAUCGACCUCCAUCGUACAGCGCAGCGUACCCUGUAAACGCCCCACCAAAUCAGGAACAAACACACGAUUUUUACGCAGAUGGCGGGUAUAUCCUCAAUUCACAUGAUCACCAUCACUCUGGGAAUGAUUUGAAAGCAAACCCUUGGAAUGACAGAGAAGAACCUGACCAUUCUACCUCAAAAACCAGCUUCGCGCCAUACGGAGACGGAUCCAAAUAUGGCAGCGAGAGGUCAAACAACUUGGCCAAUCCCCAAGCCGACCGCAGCCGAUGGCAAACGGGUUCAGAGGGUACAGCACGGAUGCCACUGCCAUUAGUCACUGGUGGUAGUAGCAGUGGUAAGUCACACAGCUACAAAGACAGUCAUCGAAACAGUAACAGUGAUUCGUUCUCUUUCAAAGAGUCUCAACAAUCAUCAGGAGUAACACUGGAUAACCGCAAGUCAUCUUCGACAGCUAAAUACAACGAAUACGAUUACGAGUAUCAGCCCGGACGCGAGGCAAACGGUACCGGCGAGGCGGAUCGAAGAAGGGGAAACGGCACAGAAUUGCCGGGGAAUAAUUGCAGGCAUUCCUCGGCGGCAGUUGUGGGGGAGGGAAUUCCUCGUGCUGAAGAAAGGAAGGACAACCAUCAACACAGUGCACGUCAAUCACAAAACAAACCAAGAUCACAUGAAGUCAGUUAUGGUCCGGAGAUACAACAGGAUACUCGAGAGCAACAUGCUGCAUCAAGGCAGUUUGACAAUUUGUCAGAAUCUUUAAGAUCAUCUGACAGACAAUCUGCAUUUCAACCUCUGCAAGAGAAUAAACCUUCUUCAACAACAAGAAGACACUCGGGUUCUGGGUCCAAUCGUUCGUCCAUAAGCAGCAGCUCAGCUGACACCAGCUCUGGUCAUUCACAAGAUCGAGACUGGACGAAGAAACAAAGUAACAGGAAAAGUAAAUCCGAAGAGUACAGAAAUCCCAGCUCCAUUAAGCUACCAAAUCCAGACUUAAACCAAGAUUGGUACAGACUUGUUGAGAAAGCUGAACGAGCCGCACCAGGGGAGAGUCCAUCGAAAUCUAGUUACAGAUCAUCAUCGUCAUCAGAAAAAUCUCCAUCAGUAGAUUCGGGGUUCUAUUCUCAAGACAAGUACAAUAAAGAUAAAAAAAUGAAUAUGGCAGCACCCCUUCCCCAACGUAACAGCCAAGAAACAGCGCACAGUACAAAAUCUGGCCAUAAAAUUGGUGGGAACAUCAAACAAUCUGGAUCUGCAGUGACAAAAGGUUAUGCCUCAGCCCCCGUCUCAAACGCAACCAAAACAUCAAGAGUGACUCCCGAAGUUACGUCAGUGCCCUUGCCUAAGAAGAAUCCCCUCCUUAGGUACGAUGUGGUUCCACCUAAGGCACAUGGCCCCUCGGAAGCGGAACGUAAGUUGGAAGAGCUCACUCGUCAACUCGAGAUAGAACUUUCAGAGAAUCCAGAUGGAGAGGAGUUUGGUGGCUGUGUUAAGUGUGGUGAGAAGGUGACUGGUGCAGGGCAGGCCUGUCAAGCUAUGGGAAACUUGUACCAUACAAAUUGCUUCACAUGUUGUUCUUGUGGGAGGACGUUAAGAGGGAAAGCUUUCUACAACGUUCAUGGCAAUGUGUACUGUGAGGAAGAUUACUUGUACUCAGGAUUCCAACAAACAGCAGAGAAAUGUGCAGUAUGCGGCCAUCUCAUUAUGGAUACAAUACUACAAGCCAUGGGUAAAUCCUACCAUCCCGGCUGCUUCCGCUGUGUAGUGUGCAACUUGUGUCUAGACGGUGUCCCAUUCACCAUUGAUGUGGAUCACAAGAUAUACUGUGUCAAAGACUAUCAUAAGAAAAGGAGAAGAAUGUUCGCCCCUAAGUGUGCAGCCUGCCUAGAUGCCAUUACUCCGGUAGAGGGUACCAUGGAAACAGUGCGAGUCGUCUCAAUGAAUAAGGACUUCCAUGUUGAAUGUUAUCGUUGCUUGGACUGUGGGCUUCAGUUGUCAGAUGAAGAUGGCAGGAGAUGCUACCCCUUACACGAUGAUCUUCUUUGUUAUACCUGUCACAUCCAGCGAAUAUCGCCUGGUGCUUUCCCUUACUCUCCUAAAAACUCCAGUCCCUCCGAGCAGUUCUCUCCAGUCUUAUCACCAAGCACCACAGUACCUACAUCAGCUACCCCACCAGACACCCCUACGGAGCCUACCCCAGGAGGUACCCAUUACCCAAAGAGGGCGUCAUCAGCAAAUGGUAGAAUGAUCCCACCAAACUAUACCCCCUUUGGAGGAGCUAGAUACCCAACGCCCGGAACGCCCCCGCCCGAUCCCCCACCAUACUCCCCACAUGACCCUCUGAGAGACAUGUACCCCUCCACCCAGAGGGUUAGCCCUAGAGAGUACCAGUACAGAGGAGCCAAAUCUGAGCAGCAGGGUAAACAUUCCUACCCCUCUAGGAACCCAUCUGCAUUGGGUAAUGAUGCGGAUGGGGGUAACCCAUCUGGGUACGUUGUGACCGAUUUAUAAGGCAUGGGGCCAGCUGUGCAUUGAACAAAAAUCAAAAUGUGUUCUUUGGGAUAUUGGUUAUCAAGCAGUUGUAGUCAAAACUAGUAAGAUGUUUUUUUUUUUUUUUUUUAGUGUCUCUAUAUAUUUUUUUAGAACAUCUGUAGAAAACAUAAGUAUUAGUUAACAUUUAGCGAGUGCAGGUUGAAUCAUGUGUUAUGAGCAGUACUUUAUUGAUUUUUAACGGUGCAGCCGUCGUUGUCACUUAUCCAAGGGUGGAAGAAAAAAGUUUGUUUCCUUAUUCAGGUGCACUAAUACCUAUGAUUUUAUUCAGGGAACUAGACAGUUGGAAGUUGCAAACCGCAAAAUGUAGGUCUAUUUUUCCGCAUCAUGUGCUGUAGACAUCUAGGGUCCCUGUAAUGCGUGUGAUUUAAACAUGGUAAGCAUCAACAUUCAAAUAUUUUUUAUUUUAGCCUGUAAUUGUAAUAAGGUUCAUUGCAACUUAAAGGCAGUGGACACUAUUGGUAAUUACUCAAAAAAAUUAUUUGCUUAAAACUUUAAUUUGUAACU